CUGGCCGUCUUGAAGAGCGACCAUGCCGCCCUUUACCGAACUACGAGCCCAAACCCUAUCCUGGCCAACAUGAUGAGCUCAUCGGUGUCGGAACUCAGCAAGCACAACAUGAAUAAGUUUCUCUCUGGAUUCAAGAGAUUUCACAAAAACUACUUUUGCGAUAACAUUGAGCUUUUUGAUCAUCUUCGACAGGCCCAGAGUCCAAAGACACUCCUCAUUGGCUGCUGUGACUCACGAGUCGAUCCAGCGAUAAUCACCGAAUGCGAUCCGGGGGAUAUGUUUGUGGUCCGCAACGUGGCCAAUCUGGUUGCCCCUUACCAUCCCGACGGCGUUAGCGGAUUUCAUGGCGUAUCUGCCGCGGUUGAGUUUGCCGUCAAAGGUCUGAAGGUGGAGAACAUCAUCGUUAUGGGACAUACUCAGUGCGGUGGCAUAAAAGCACUUAUGCAGGGAGUCUCGAAAGACGAAUAUCAGUUCGUUGGCCAGUGGAUGAGUAUUGUGCAGCUCGCAAAGGACAAAACCCUAAAGAAUUUUCCGGACGCAGCACCAGAGGUUCAACAACGUGCAUGCGAACACGCAAGCAUUCUCCUGUCGUUGGAAAAUCUCAUGUCCUAUCCUUGGGUCAAAGAACGCCUCAUGAAGAACGAGAUCACAAUCAACGGCUGGUAUUUUGACUUUGAACGCGGCGAGCUACUUGGUUACGACGUUGAGAACAAUAUUUUCGAACCCCUGGUGACAUUUACCGAGAAUGACAGCCCAACAGUCGCCCAAUGAACCCACAGAUAGGCUCUCAAUUGCAACAGGCUCCCAUUCUUGUGGUAUAUCUUGUGAACUCAAACGCAAGGGAACUCUGGUGCCACAUCCAGCACAUACUGAGGACUCCGAGGAAGUGAAGGAUGAAUAGGAAGCUGCUGAACACCAAAGGAGGCUGUACAACCCGACGACAGCGGUCACUUCGCCCAGCUAUCGGACGAGCUCGACAUUUCAGAAGGUGCUUUAGGAG